CGUGUAACAUAUCAUUAUUAUUUCAGUAAUUAAUGUUGGAUGUGACAGAAGAAAAUGAUAAACGAAUUACAGUCGUUGGAACAUGAGACAAAGAUUUUUGGUACUUGUGAAAUCGACCUGUGCGAUUCGUCGGUGCGCUUAUAGUGACGCAUUGAUUAGAAAGAGUGACGCAUAGCGUAAAUACUUACGUACAUAUACACAUUUGAGCUAGUGGCUCGUGUGGCGAAUGCCCAGUUUUACGUGACACUUUGCCGUGUAGACGUAGUGUGAUUAUCCGUUGACAAAAAUGCAGAAGACAAUUACUGUGAACAAGGAUUUGCAGCGUGAACGGGAGAAAUGUACAUUCAAUCCAGUUGAAUUGACUAAUCUUAUGGACGGUAGUCCAGAGAAAACUAAUAGUCGUCGUGAACGAGAACAAUUCUUCCUUGAUGAUCCUGAGUUGCAAGAUGAUGUACCAGUUAAAUACAAAAGCCACAAGGAAGUAUAUGAAAAUGGAGUUCGUAAAGCCUGCAAGGUUUUGCAAAAGGUACGAACACUACAAGAGGAAGGCAGGGGUGACAUGGAUCUUUUCUCUCAUGUUUUAGGAGGGAUGUUUGGGUCUGGCAUACUGAAAGAUGGAAAUCCAUUUUUGGUUCACUAUGCCAUGUUUCUUCCAUCUCUUAUAGGACAAGGAACUACAAAGCAACAGGAGUAUUGGAUAUCCAGAGCAUGGAGUGGCAAUAUUGUGGGAACUUAUGCUCAGACUGAACUUGGUCAUGGAACUUUCAUUAGAGGUCUGGAAACAACAGCAAAAUACGAUCCUAGUACAAAAGAAUUUGUACUGAACAGCCCUACUUUAACAUCUUAUAAAUGGUGGCCUGGGGGUUUGGGCCAUACAGCGAAUUAUGCCGUAGUCGUCGCCCAAUUAUACACUAAAGGAGACUGCAAAGGAAUCCAUCCUUUCAUCGUGCAAUUAAGAGAUGAAGAGACACACGAACCUCUGCCCGGUAUUAAAAUUGGAGAAAUUGGCACCAAGUUAGGAAUGAAUGCAACAAAUAACGGAUUUCUUGGAUUCGAGAACGUCAGAAUACCUCGCGAAAACAUGCUUAUGAAGAACUCUCAGGUUCUCGAAGAUGGUACAUACGUGAAAGCAUUAAACGACAAAUUAACGUAUGGUACUAUGAUGUUUGUCCGCGUUGUAUUGGUUCAUGAUAUCGCAAGUUAUUUAUCGAAAGCUGUCACGAUUGCAACGAGAUACAGCGCGGUACGACGUCAGAGUCAAAUUAAUUCAGAUGAACCCGAGGCACAAAUUAUUAAUUACAUAACGCAACAAUACAAAAUCUUCCCAAAUCUUGCCGCAUGUUUCGCUUUUCGGAUGACCGCAGAUUGGAUCUGGAAUAUGUACAAUAAUGUUACAGCUGAAUUAGACCAGGGCGAGUUGGACAGAUUACCUGAGUUGCAUGCUUUGUCGUGUUGCCUGAAAGCAGUUGCGUCUUCGGACGCAGCCACCGGAGUAGAACAAGUGCGAUUGGCUUGCGGUGGACACGGAUAUAUGGACGCUAGCAAUCUUCCAGCAACUUACGGUUUAGUUACUGCCGUCUGUACCUACGAGGGAGAGAACACUGUUCUGUUAUUGCAAACGGCGAGAUACUUGGUUAAAGCUUGGAAAUUAGCGGUCAGUGGUCAGAAGUUGCCAUUAACCAUACAGUAUCUCACGAUGCUCGUCAAGGGUGUUAAACAACGACCUUGGAAAAACAGUUUAGACUGUAUUAUUAAUGCUCAUCAAGCGGUAGCUGCUGGCAAGAUUCGUUUGGCGACGGAGAAUAUGGACCGCAGGAUAAGUAAAGGAAUUUCGCAUGAAGAUGCUUGGAAUCAAACCAGCAUCGAAUUAGCCCGCUGCGCUGAGGCUCAUUGCAGAGCGUUUCUAGUCAUGAGAUUCAUAGAAUCCGUUAAAGAAAUUACAUCUGUGUCGAAAGAGUUGCGUGCCGUUCUGCAGCAUCUUUGUGAACUGUAUGCUGUAUACUGGGUGUUACAAAGACUCGGCGAUUUCCUUCAGUUCUCUGCAUUGAGAAAUGAGGAUGUCCCAUCACUUCAAGCUUGGCUGGAAGACCUACUAGCCGCUAUCCGUCCAAACGCUGUCGGUAUUGUUGACGGCUUUGAUAUUCGUGAUGAAAUCCUUUGUUCAGCUCUGGGAGCAUAUGAUGGCAACGUUUACGAGCGACUGUUCGCAGAGGCCAUGAAAAGCCCUCUGAACCAGACAAGCGUGAAUGAGUCUUUCCAAAAAUAUUUGAAACCAUUCCUUAAGAGCAAUUUGUAGUGCAAUAUCUUGUUCACAACGUUAUCGUUAGAGUCUACUUCGUAUAUUUUUGAUUCAUACAUCGUAUAAUAGGUGAAUAUUCGUUGUUGGACUUUGACUUUCUUUUCGAUAUGCUUUUUUAUACAUUCAUCUACAUCGUUAACAAAUUUAUAGAGUAUGUAGAAUAUUAGAAAUUUAUAUCUAGAAGAGUUUAUGAAUAUAUUUUUCUACUGCCUUUGUAGAGUAUUGAUGUAAAUACUUAGAGAAGUGAAACAUUGCUUUUACGGGUGCGGAGGAAUAAUUAAUACAUUGUUAAAAACCCUUUUAAAAAUGUUGGAGUACGUAUUUUUGAUGUACCUUUACUAUUAAUAAAGUAACGCAUUGCGGUCUCAGUCAAAUCUAUCUGAUGCUUAGAAUCAAAUUAUUUGCUUGGUUUGAGACACAAAUUAAUAAUUUUUAUACAUGACGGUUACAUUUUAUAUGUAUGUAUACAUAUAACGUUCUUUGUUAGCUUUCUAAUUAAUUUCGCUGAAAGACUUAAAAGGCACUGUAGCUCCAUCUUGCUUAAGAAAUAAGACAGGAAUAGUAGCUCAAAUACAUAUGCUUAAAAUCUAGAUAGCGCCACAAGAAUUUUAAACGAGUCACGUGAAAAUGCAGCAUACAUUUUCUGCUUAAUUUUUUGUUCAGGUGGAAGUCUUUCAGUCAUAAUAUUCUUUAUUAAAAUUUCUUUAUUUUGUUCGAAUGUUGGUCGAAUGGGAAAUUGUGUAUAAGAAAACAGAAGGGAUAAACUAGAAGAAAGAGAUGA